AAAGCGUCUUUCUCAUCCAAUCAAAACAGACUUAUCUAAAGGCGCUGUGAAUUGAAAACGCUUUUCCGUUACGACGAAACAUUCUUCACGAAAGGUGGCCGAAGAACCAAAUGGAGCUAUUUCAGGACGAAGAGUUGAAAAUGUUAUUUUAUGAAAAUAGGCUGAAGACUUACGAAGGGUGGCCGUUCGACAAAGACUGCAUUUGCACACCCGAAAACAUGGCAAAGGCUGGCUUCAUCCACACACCGUCAGACAACAGCCCGGACAUCGCCAUGUGCUUCUUUUGCCUUAAAGAGUUGGAAGGCUGGGAGCCCGACGAUGACCCGGGAAAAGAGCACAUAACCCAUUCGCCUUCCUGCUACUUUGUUGCCCUGAAGAAGAAAGAGGAAGAUCUGACUGUGGAAGAGUUUUUCAAGCUGAUGAAGGAGAGGAAGAAAUUUGAAAUUAUAAAAUCAUGUAACGAGGCCAUCAACACAUUUAAGGAAGCAGCCAAAGUGAAAAGAGCAGAAAUAAUCAAGUCAGUAAUGGGCGAAGAGUAGCAAAUGGACGAAACUGCCAUCUUGUCUGUAUGUUCAGUCUGUAUGUUUUUCCUUUUGUGUUACUGUAUUAUGUGUGUUUUAAUUCAUAAUUUUUUUUUAUUCCUUUAUUUGUUUGUGUAUGCCUCAUGUUUUAUUACCAAGUAAGACUGAUAGGCUAAAUAUAGAAUAAACAUUUCCCCCAGUGUUUUGAAUUUAAAUAAAAAGUAAAAAGCUCAUA